ACCAACGCACACAUGGCGCCCCAGUGAGAAAUACAGAAAUAAAUAAGACAACGCGCAAGAGCGGAGUACACUGCACAUUGCGCAGAGAGAGAGAAGGGAGCGGUGGCCCUCCCUCACCUCACUACCUCAUCUGCUACCACUACUGCUUUCCCCUCCUCCCUUGCUCUGCCACAAGCCACAGCUCCAGGCACCAGGCUCCAGCUCCUCCCUAAUGGCGGCGGCCACUAGCCCUUCAGUAUCCUUCUCCGCUCUUAUUUUUCUUCUGCUCUACUUGUUCAGCUUCAGGCAGGCCGACGUGGCGGCGGCUGAUGCAUCCCCGGCGGAAAAUCCGUUCACCGCCCGAGCGGCCCUCAUCCGGUACUGGAACCGCAAGGUGCCCACCAACCGCGGCCAGCCGGCCUUCCUCCUCGCCAAGCUCUCCCCGCUCUCUGCCCUCGAUUCCGCCACUUUCUCCUCCCUUGCCGCCGCUGACCCCGCCUCGCUCUCCCUCCGGCUCCCCGUCCUCUGCGCCGCAGCGCGUAUCCUAUGCAACCCCGCCGACGCCAACACCUACUCCGCCGACUCCCGUAAGGACGACUCCUCCGCCUUCGCUGCCUACCAGAACUCCAACUUCUCCGACUACGGCUCCGGCGCCAAAGGUGGCAGCAACGCGUUUAAGAACUACUCCGACGACCUCAACGUCCCCGUCGAUUCCUUCCGCCGCUACAGUCGAGACUCCGUACGGCAUAAUGAGUCGUUCGCCUCGUAUGCUCCUGAUGGAAACGUCGUCACCGCCAAUUUCACCAGCUACGCCUCCUCCGCUACCGGCGGCGCUGGUGAAUUCUCCUCCUACGACCACGAGGCCAACGUGCCUAAUCUUAAGUUCACCAACUACGACGCCGCCGCCGCCGCCCGGAAACGCUCGUUCUCCAGCUAUUCCGACGACAGCAACGCCGGGGACCAGUCCUUCGCCGGGUACGGAAAGCACGGCAACAGCGUGCCUACCUCUUUCAAAAGCUACGCCGAAAACUCCAACGUCGUCGGUUCCUCCUUCGCCGGUUACGGCGAGAGCGCCAGCGGCGCCAACGAUUCAUUCGCCUCCUACGGAUUCGACGGCAAUGUGCCGGAGAACAACUUCCGUUCGUACGGCGCCGGCGGGAACUCCGGGUCAGAGAGUUUCGCCAGCUACCGCGACCAGUCCAAUGUCGGCGACGACAGCUUCAGCUCCUACGUCAAGGGUGGCAACGCCGAGGCCGUUGAGUUUGUCAAUUACGGCAACUCCUUCAACCCAGGGAGCGAUUCUUUCAAGGGCUACGCCGAGGGCUCCGCAAAGCACAAGGUCACUUUCAAGGGCUACGCCGGCGACAACACCACAUUUAAGUCCUACGCCAAAUCCGGGGUCGAUUUCAAGUCCUAUCGCAACUUCUCCGUCAAUCCCUCCUCCUCAUCGGAAGGCGACUCCGCCGGCGCCUCUCUCGUCUCUCUCCCGAAUGGGAAAUCGACCAACAGGUGGCUGGUGGAGCCAGGUAAGUUCUUCCGCGAGCACGACCUACGGCGUGGAAGUGUGAUGCCGAUGCCGGACAUCCGGGACAAGAUGCCGCCCCGGUCCUUCCUGCCGAGGUCAAUAUCGGGUCGGAUCCCAUUCUCCGCCGCCGACGUUCGUCAGAUCUUCGCCAUCCGGGAGGACACGGCGCUGGGGAAGGCGGUAACCGACACCGUGGCGGAGUGCGAGCGGGCGCCGAGCCGCGGGGAGACGAAGCGGUGCGCCACCUCGGCGGAGGACGUGAUCGACUUCGCUGUCUCGGUGCUGGGGAGCGACGUGGUGGUGCGAAGCACCGCCUCCACGAUGGGCUCCAAGACCGACAUCCUCAUUGGGGCAGUGAGCGGUGUGAACGGCGGUAAGGUCACCAAGGCGGUGUCUUGCCACCAGAGCCUCUUCCCUUACCUGGUCUAUUACUGCCACUCGGUGCCCAAGGUGAGGGUGUACGAAGCAGAUAUCCUGGCUGUCGAUUCCAAAGAGAAGAUUAACCAUGGCGUCGCCAUCUGUCACAUUGACACGUCAGCGUGGAGCCCGUCCCACGGCGCUUUCGUGGCGCUGGGGUCCAAGCCUGGUAUGAUCGAGGUAUGCCAUUGGAUCUUUGAGGGCGAUAUGACGUGGACGGUCGCAGAUUAAUCCAUUCAUAAAUUAUUAAAUAUAUAACAUUCCUCAAAGCAAAUAAAUGAACUCACAGGAGAAAUUUGUGCAACUGUGUGAACCGGAUCAGUCUUCUAGGUUUUGGUAAAUGUGGAUAUGUAUCUUGAUCCUCUCUCCCAAAUGGGGGGUGGGUAGGGUUUUGUGAAGCUUGUUCGUGGAAAAAGUUCUUAAUUAUUACUUUUCUUAUCCAAA